CACCCAGCAGGCGGGGUCAAACCUGAAUGCUGGCCGAGCUGCUCCGUAGCUGCCCACUGCCGCGCUCGUCGCAUGGAACAAACAAAAAGAAGCGCUUGCAUGUGUUGCUGAGGGAUCAUCUAGCUGAUUGUUUGACCGAUUCUUCCCUGUCAUCCCAACCCAUCACACACUGCCCAUCAGCACAUCGCAAUGGCAUCAACAGCAGGCAAGACCAUCACCUGCAAGGCGGCCAUCGCCUGGGGUCCCGGCCAGGAACUCAGCUACGAGGACGUCGAGGUAGCGCCGCCCAAGGCCCACGAGGUGCGCAUCCAGAUCUACUACACCGGCGUCUGCCACACAGAUGCCUACACACUCUCCGGCAAGGAUCCCGAGGGCGCCUUCCCCGUAAUCCUCGGCCACGAAGGCGCCGGCAUCGUCGAGUCGGUCGGCGAGGGCGUGACCAACGUCAAGCCGGGCGACCAUGUCGUGGCUCUCUACACCCCCGAGUGCAAGGAAUGCAAGUUCUGCAAGUCCGGCAAGACCAACCUGUGCGGCAAGAUCCGGGCGACGCAGGGCAAGGGCGUCAUGCCGGACGGCACGAGCCGCUUCCGCGCGCGCGGCCAGGACAUCCUGCACUUCAUGGGCACGUCGACCUUCAGCCAGUACACCGUGGUGGCCGACAUCUCGGUGGUGGCGGUGCGGCAGGACGCGCCGAUGGACCGCACCUGCCUGCUCGGCUGCGGCAUCACGACGGGCUACGGGGCGGCGCGCAUCACGGCCGGGGUCGAGGCCGGCAGCAACGUGGCCGUCUUCGGCGCCGGCUGCGUGGGGCUGAGCGUCGUGCAGGGCGCCGUGGCCCAGGGCGCCGGCCGGAUCAUCGUCGUCGACGUCAACCCGGCCAAGGAGGCGUGGGCGCGCAAGUUCGGCGCCACCGACUUCGUCAACCCGACCCGCCUGCCCGAGGGCAAGACCAUCGUCGACCAGCUCGUCGAGAUGACCGACGGCGGGUGCGACUACACGUUCGACUGCACCGGCAACGUCAGCGUCAUGCGCGCCGCCCUCGAGGCCUGCCACAAGGGCUGGGGCCAGAGCAUCAUCAUCGGCGUGGCCGCGGCCGGCCAGGAGAUCUCCACGAGGCCAUUCCAGCUGGUCACCGGCCGCGUGUGGAAGGGCAGCGCCUUCGGCGGCGUCAAGGGCCGCAGCCAGCUGCCCGGCCUCGUCACCGACUACCUCGAGGGCCGCCUGAAGGUGGACGAGUUCAUCACGCACCGCAAGACGCUCGCCGAGAUCAACGACGCCUUCGAGGUCAUGAAGCAGGGCGAGUGCAUCCGCGCCGUGCUGGACAUGCAGAAGUAAAGGAAGGCAACUUUUCUGGGCAGCUGCGCAGCUGGGCAUGUACAAGUAGUGCUUUGAUAGGCAGCACAAUGUCCUGAUUUUGAGAAGGAGCCGUGAGCCCGGGACGUGUCGUGUCGUGGUGUAGCCUCGGCAGUACCGCGAAGCGUGUGCCACCCCAUGGUCUUGCGGGCCGUGACAUGCACUGAACUCAAGUGGUUGAUACGUCGCGAGUUCGGCUGGACCUGGACUUGCGCCAGAGUGGUAUUGACGACGAGUUCUUCCAGGUUUGUGAGCUGUAGCACCGUUGUCUCUCGUCCAGGGAGUAGUUACGUACAGUAAGCUUACUGCGUAGCAAUAUCUGGCAUCCCAUCUUACCUUUCAAAGUUGCUCCUGGAUCUGUGUCAUCCGCGGGUCCAUCUCACACCGCCCUCGAUGCUGAUCGA